AUGCCGCCCUCUGGGGUACCAGCGGCCAAGGAGGUCAUUACACAGGUGGGCACAGACGAGGGCACCCGGGAGCGCCUCUGUGUUCUCGCUGGAGUGUACCCAAAUGCUGACUUAACACUGCAGAACUUCGAUUGUAAACUGAAGCAUAACAAAACGUAUGAAGAAGUGCACAUCCUCCCUGAGGUCUGCGAGAUCAACAACGUCUUUUACACGUACGAGGGCCUGCGUUGCUGCGGGAGCUGUUGUCAGCUGUUAUCCUUGAAACACGAUUGCCCAUCCACCCUUCCCGAGGGCAUCAUCUCCUCAUGCGACUCGUGCGGCAUGCCAUAUCGGUCAAGGGCGUCAGGGAGGAACAAAAAGCUAAGGCACCCAUCCCACUGCCGAGGAGAGGCUGUACACGCCGGCUGGGAGCCAGACACGGACAGCACACUUUACUGCCCCCUUUGCAAAACUCCGGGCUUCAAUUACGAGACGUUGGACUACCAUCUUACAGCUGCAGGGAGACAAUGCGAUGGCAAGCGAAAGCUCGAUCUGCAGAACGAAACGGGGUGGGAGAGCACUUGUCAAGGAUGCGGGCACACGUUCGCCAGGCACAUUGCUGCCGCUAUGCACUGUCACGAGGAUGCCUUACCUAAUAAUCCUCUUGGUUACGGGGGCGGCCAGAUCGCAGGUGAUCCGAAUAGGAUUAUCUCCGAUGCUGUGCGCGACGCUAGCUGGGGCAUCCCAUUUUCAACCUAUACGAAUCCCACUCCCGGGUCAGCCGCACAGUAUCUUGAGGAUCUCGAGUCCCUGAACGUGCUCGUUCAUUAUCGCCUUCGGCGUGAAGCUACAGGCCCUGGUGAUGAUACCGCAGACGACCACAGGUCCUUUGAUGUUGGUGAGGGUGGCGACGGCGACGGCGAUUACGAUUAUGAUUACGAUGACGGUGAUGAUGACGACGUUCCGGAAGAUGACGUGCCUUGCGUCGCUGAAGGGCAUGAGGUGCGCGCCCCUCCCGAUCCCCAUCCGAGUUACGCUGACGCCUGCGAGCAGGAAUACUUUGGACGCCUCGCUGCCGAGGUGAACGCGCAAUUGAGAGACGUGGCGGACGAUCAGGCCCUGGCCGUGAAGCACGAGCUGGUCCGCCAGGCGCUGGCGCGCGAGAUAGGGAAGAGGAACCAGUCCGUGCUGGAGCGCGCAAACAUAUCAAUCAAUUCGUUCCGCAGUUCCUUAUGCCCUGGCUUCUCGUUUACGCACGGCUACGUCCCUUGCCCGUACGAAGCAACGCUGGACCUCGACUCUGUCAAACUCGAGUAUAUUUUCAGGCCUAAAAGGGGCAGGCUUGCUGUGGCAUGGCCUCCUUCAUGCUUCCGUUGCGAAGCAAGACAGAAGCGCUUAUUUCAGUGGCAGAAACGUUGCAAGUAUAAUGCUGAUGGCAGCCGUAUGUGUGUUGCGCGCAACUGCCGGAAUUUCCUUGUAGACAGCACUGACUGCCAGGAGCACGCCCAGGCAAGGCAGGAAGCAAGGCUAAAGGCAGCACAGCGGCGCCUUAACAACCCCUCUGGAAGCCGCAGCAGCCCACGGAAACGCGCGAGCCUGUGGGAGAUCGUGUCACCAGCUGAUGCAGCGCAGUGGGCGUCUGGGCUUGGUGCUAUCCGCACUUCCUGGGAUAAGCAUCCGAUAUGGGGUCACGUUUUACGCAUGAUAGAGGAUGGCCCCAAGGCAGGGAAGGCCGUCUAUGUUGUCGAUACGGAGACAGUCCUCAUAAAUGUCGCAGAAGACCAGCCAAGAAACCCUUUAAUCUUUGAGCUAGCCGUCGCGGACGCCAAGGGGGUGGUCAAGCUGAAUACAACACUUCAACACGGAGAUAAGACGAUCUCGGAGCUAUGCAAGGGAAUUCCAGAACAACUUAUGGCGUACGCAUGCAGGAUUUACAGUGUUUCAGACACUAUGCAAAAAACUAAAGGCAUGCUAUUAGGAGCUGCUAAGAAGGAAAUAAUUGCUCUUGAGCUUAAGGAUAGCCUUAUGAUUGAGUGGUCUACAAACGGUUGGGACUGGCGUGCGCUAAGGCAUACGUUUGGGGAUCGCAGCGUGCCAGACAUAUACCUUCGCGGCAACGACCUUCUGCGGAUGGCAGGCUAUCGCGGCCCGGCGGAUUUACAGACGCUUUUUUAUCUGUUCUUCCCAAACUCUCCUCUAAAGUCUACUCACCACCGGGCCCUUAUCAAUGCGCGGAAAUUGCUUCUCGUGCUGUAUUACAUUCUCACGGGGGGCAAGACUCUGGAACUGGACAUGGGGGAAGGUAAGUAG